AUGCUUGCGCCCCGGACCUCGAGUGCAUUUGUAUGCCUCCGAUGUGAAGCGCAAAUUGCCCGACGGCGACUGCCCGCUUUUCCUCGCCCACCAUCCCGAGCCAGGUUUUCUGCGUCUGCACGCCGCCGCGGUGAUACUGAAGACGAGCAACCACCGCCUCUGAAGAUCACAAAACAAGUGACGCCGAUCAAUCGCUUGAGGAAGAGGAAAGGAGAAAAGAUCCUACGGGAAACUUCGCAAGAUCUGGGCGUCAAGCGAUUGGGCGACGAUGCCGAUAUCUUGGUCCUGAGGGAAGUCGGGGAACCAGCACAAAGAGAAGCCACCACAACCACCGAAGCCUCCGAAGAUGCCGAAGUAAUCGAAAUCUCCGAACCUCUCGAGGUCCCAGACAUUCUUGCCUCACUCGAAGAAGAAGGGAAAGCGCUCGCGCCGGAAGAAAUAUACAAGCAGAUCGAGACCUUGCGACCGAACAACGAUGGCGACCCCAAUGAGCCGCAUCACGUCAAGCAGACUACGUUUGUCAAGCUGAGAAAGAAGCUCAUGAAAGGCUUCACGCAACAGCAAUUGAUAAUCUUCUACUCGGUCGCAAAGAAUAUACGGCAAGAGAAGGUCAAUCAGGGAGUGAUCGACAGCAUCAAACGGAAGGACCAACUAGGAAACCAGAAGCAACCUGUGGAGCGAUCAGAAUGGCAGCCAGGUACUACGCCGAUAACUCAACGCCUGCCUGGCGUUGAUCGUAUUGUCAAGAUCAUGGGCUACCGCAAGAACGUCAGCAAGCAGCUGCUUGUUGAUCGCAUAAUGAGGGAUGUUUGGAAUCUCGUACUCUUGGAAGAAAUCGAAUCCCCCGGAGAGCUAGAGCUUUCUCUGCAACCGUGGCAGGUGAUGCUGCUUAAGGCUGGUGACAAAGACACCCUUUUUGACAAGAUUCGACGGACCCGACGAGUGAGGCUCGACAUGUACAAACCGGAUAACGCCCUCCGCAUCACAUCCGAUAAGACGACAGCAGAGUACGCUGCCAAUGAUAUCGAGGAAGCUUUCCAACACACUGAAUUGAAACGGAUGAACCUGAACAACUAUUUACGCCAGCUAGCAAAUGGUCCUGUUGCGUUGGAUUCAAAGUCCAAUCUGGUAACUUUGUUUUAUACACAGAAAGACUUUGAUGUCGUCUCGGCUCUGACUCGCACGAGUAUUGAGGCAGUCGGCAAGUCUAUGUUGGUAAUCAGAGGCUUCGACGUGAGCUCCAUAGAAGAGGCAAAAAGGACACUGGUCAGGUUUUUGCCUUUCAAGGAUGCAGCUGAGCGUACCUUCGACACUCAGAAACUAGGAAGUGCCGAGAGUGCAGCGUUCUUGUCGCCGGUUCUUACCGAACACGAUUCUUUCGAAUACAAGUAUCGCAAACGAGAGCUGGGACGUCUGUCAAUGCCUAUCAUGCGGCUCACUGAGCCUGACACUGUCGAAGCUCAGGCUGCGAAACCCGCAAAAGCCCCCAAAACAACACUCCACGGUCUCGUGAACCGGACUCUAGGGACCAUUCUGCGACCCGCUUCUGCUGUGCCAUUGCCUAAACACGAGUUGAGCAAUUGGAUACCGAACCCAACAUACGAGGUCUCCGCCGAAUUUGGCCAGGCUCUAUUCCCUCUCGAAGAUGUGGACCCCAGCCGAGUAGUGGAAGCUGCUCUUUCUGAUCCAUCCAAGGCACCUUUUCUGUCAACAUUCCCAGGACUGAAUAGUGUCUUCACGUCGCCCAACUAUUCUGUCGUUUCGCGCUUGCAAGCACCAUCUUUGCACUACGAAUUUAGACCUGACCUGGAGCACGAGCCAGGACAAAUAUUGCCCAAACUCAGGAUCCAAAUGCGUACUGGUCGCAGUGGUGCCAGAGCCACUUUCCGCAAACUCGCACUGAGCUUCGAUCAUCGUAUCCACGAUGUUCUGCUCCCAGACAAGGCCGUAGAUGUACGAUUUCAACGCCGAGCAAACCUCAGCUUCAACAACAGGGACUACAACGACGAGAAUGUACAGGCGUGGGUUGAUGCCGUAACAGACAACAUUGAGAGCGGUGGCCGCCUCACUGCGCCACCUCUCCGCCUACAGAUCCCCAAGUGGACUAUACCCGGAUUCCCGAGUGAAGAAAAGGGCAUGCGUACCGUCACUUAUCACUUCUCUGGUAUCCAGUUCCGGCAACCGGUGAUUGGAAACCUAUUCGGUGUAGCUGUUUCGUACAAUACUGUACAGUCUGGCAAGCUCGGUGCCAAGGGCGCCGCGCUCACUGCGCAUUACAGUGGCCAUGGCGAUACAGAGUUGCGCGACGAAAGUGCGAUGAAAGCCUUCGUGGAGAGGUGUUUCAAGAUGGCAGACUUGAUCACUGAUGCGAGUAAGCAGACACUUCCUCCGUCUCGCGUAGUCCGCCCACGCGAUAUGAACAGUGGACGGAAAGCGAAAAGAAUGGGAUUAUCGGGCGAUCGAGCUCAGGCUGUGGAUGAGCAGAGCAUUGAGCCGCCGAACGAUCUUGUCGAGCGCGUUGGGGAAUAUCCUGAUGUGAAGAACGAUGUUGAGGCGAAAGAGAACGCAGCAGCUGUUGAGGAUGUGGUGGAAGAGCAGCCGGUUGAUGGAAACAUGGAGUCACGAUCUGACGACUCGGUCAACGAAAGCGAAGACAACGUUCGCACUUUGUAG